AUGAUCAUCGAAGUUCGUGAUGAUCUCGGAACAGCAGCUUCGAUCUUCUCCCGAAAACAUCCACUCUCAUGUUGGCUCAGCUCAAUGUUGAUGUGUUUCGCCGACGCAUUUCUGGCCAAUUUUUUGCUCGGCGAGCCCGUCAUUGCACCAUUCAAACGACACGAUGAUGUGAUUUUGGUAGGUUUGAGUGGGGCCAGGUUUUCAGGCCUAGAAGCCUGAUAAAGCCCCCAGAAUUAUCAUAAGACAAAAAUUUUUUUAUGGAAUCAAAUUUCUGAGUUUCCAAAAUUUUCAAACAUUUUCUGAAACAGUGAAAAAAUUUUAUUCAAAAAUUUUGUUUGGAAAUUUUUUCACUGUUUCAAAAAACCUGGAAAAAUUAAAUUUUGAACAAAAAUUGACUCAAAAAAUAAAACUAAAAAUCACAAAUAUUUUUUUUUGUUAAAAAUUUCCUGAAACAGUGAAAAAAUUUUAUUCAAAAAUUUUGUUCAGGAAAUUUUUUCACUGUUUUAAAAAACCUGGAAAUAUGACCUAAAAUUAAAUUUUGAACAAAAAUUUCCUUAAAGAGAGAUGAACUAAAAAUCACAAAUUUUUUUUGUUAAACAUUUUUUGAAACAGUGAAAAAAUUUUAUUCAAAAAUUUUGUUUGGGAAAUUUUUUCACUGUUUCAAAAAAGCCCUGAAAUUAAAUUUUUAAAGCUGAACUGAAAUUAAAUUAAAUUUUGAACAAAACUUGUCUGACUGAAAUGCUUCCUAAAGAAGCCCGAACUUUUGUUUUGACAAGAACUUUGUGAGAAACUUUUUUCACUGUUUCAAAAAAAUCUUCAAAAUGACUAAAAAUUUGGCUGAAAAUAAUUUGAUGACCGCUUUCAUUUCAAAUAUACUUGAAGUUGUCUAAGAAUCCUAUCAAAUAUUUUGUGUUGUUAAAAAUUUUUUGAAACAGUGAAAAAAAUUUUAUUCAAAAAUUUUGUUUGGGAAAUUUUUUCACUGUUUCAAAAUUAGAAAUUUGGCUGAAAAUAAUUUAAUGUGGGCAUUCAAAAUUACUGAAAUUGUCUGAAAUAGCUUAAAAUCUUGUAUUUUCAGGCCUAGAAGCCUGAAAAAGCCUCCAGAAUUGUCACAAGCCAAAAAUUUUGUUCGGUAAAAGAAUUUUCGAUUAACUAAAAGUUUCAAACAUUUUUUGUUGUUAAAAAUUUUUUGAAACAGUGAAAAAUUUUUAUUCAAAAAUUUUGUUUGGGAAAUUUUUUCACUGUUUCAAAAUUUGAAAUUUGACUGAAAAUAAUUUGACUUAAUUAUUCGGUUCAAAACUACUUAAACUUGCCUAAAAAGCCUGUAUUUUUCAGGCCCCUCAAUCUCCAGCCCAAAAAAGCCCCCACUUUUUCCAGGCCACCAUAAUCUGGUAUCUCGUCUUCUACGCUCCCUUCGACGGCAUCUACAAACUCGCCAAAAUCACACCAAUCAAAUGUGUUUUGGGUGUGAUGAAAAGAGGUGAAGCGCGCCUACAAAGUGUCGCAUGGUGUAGCCCAUGCCGCAAAAUUAUAUCCAAAUUCCUAUUUGGUGCAAAUCUUGGUGGGAACUGCGAAGGGCGCCGGAAAUGGAAUAAUCAGAACUUUGGAGCAAUUGGUGCGCGGUGUUUGGAUUCCGGGACAAAAUGAGAUUUUGCGACCCAGCUUUGCCACCAAGGCUUGUGUUGUGGCCUCGAUUAUUUUUGCUGCCGAAAAGAGUGGAUCGUAUUUGACGGCGCCGCAUGAUUUGGUGUAUUUGGUGGGUUUUUUCGAGCUUUAG